GCGCCCAGUAUCCAUCCGGAAAUGGAGCGACGAACCGCGAGCCGGGCGAGCGUGCUGCUGCACCUGACGGCCGCCGUGCACCUGGGCUACGCCAUCUACUACGACUACCGGUUCGCGCAGCUGCCCCAGCUGGCGGUGACCCUGCGGCUGGAGCCGCCGAUGGGCGGCAAGUUCAAGUACAUGACCUUCCUGGGCGGCCUGCUGCAGUUCGGCUACUACUCCCUGGCGCUGACCUACGACCUCCUGCGGCUAAGGUCCCUGCGAAAGCUGCGCGACUACGUACUGGCCACCUACGUGGUGCCCCUGGCCCUCACGGUGGGCAUGACCUUCUGGACCCUCUAUGGCAUCGACCGCGAGUCGAUCUACCCGGAGCUGCUCGACCUGGUCUACCCCAACUGGCUGAACCACGCCAUGCACACCUUCGUCGUGGUCUACGCCCUCGUGGAAAUGGGCGUCACCCGCCACCAGUAUCCGCAGCGCAGGAGGGGAUUCGCCGGACUGGGCGCCUUCAUGGCGGCCUACCUGGUGUGGAUUCACUUCGUCUGGUUCCGGACGGGCAUCUGGGUGUACCCCUUCCUGGGCGGCAUCGAGUGGCCCGUGCGGAUCCUCUUCUUCGCCCUGAUCAUGGCCCUCGGCUUCGGUUACUAUCUGCUGGGCGAGCACCUCAACCUCGUCCUGUCGGUGCGGAGUCCUCGAGAUCGCAGGUGGAGUGGCAGCGAUUGAAUAUACUUUAUUGGUAGUUUAGGGUUCGGAAGGUAACAAAUGCAUCUUACGGUUUAUUAUACUUUAUUUAAUGUAUUGUCUUAAGUGUACUUGAAACUAGAGAGUUAUAACCAUAAACUGUUUAAAUUCGGAAGCAAGUCUAGGCAUUAUAGAUAUAUAGGUACUAAUAGCACACUAAAUUUAUACUGGGAAGUAAUGGAAUUUGUACCAACUUUAACUUUCAUUCAAAAUAAAACUGCUGGCAAUCAGCCCUAAAACAAA